AGCCGUUUUUUGAGCCUCCUAGCGAACUGGCGCCCCCAUCGUGGCCCGCAUGGACAACUUGUCGAUCGCCUAACCCCAGCGCGCGGCCCGCCCGCCGCCUCCGCCGCCCGACCUCUCGGCGAUGUCCGCCGCAGCGCCCGCCGCCGCCUCGGCCCGGCGCUCGUCCGCGCCUCGCCGCCACGGAGGCCAGCGCCACCAGCUCGGCGCGUCGGGGAGCACCUCCGACAGGCUGUUGCUGGAGGAGGCCCGUGGCAUGCUCGCGGACGGCGUCUGCGACGUCCCACUGCAGCAGGCCUCACCCGCCCUGAAGUGCUCCGUCGGCACCCCCAACUGGAGCCCAGCGACCACGGCCUGCACGGACGCCUCGUACAUGGUGCCAUUGGAGCUGCCUGCUGCCACCGUGGACCUCGAGGACUCCCAGUGGCCUUCUGUGCACGAGGCGGACCGGCAAUUGGCCGCCGAGCGCGGCUGGGACUUUGUCAGCGAGGCGAGCGACGAGGACGGCUCCUGGGUGGAGGAGCUCGACGCACGCCUCGCGCCAGAGAGCCCCGAGGCGGGCGGGCCGCCCGGCGAGCUCGGCGAGGGCGGCGCGGGCUCGGCUGUGUGGCUCGUGACGUCGAGCGCGCCUCCGCCGCCCGAGGA